AUGGCGUGGAGGAAAAAGCAGACAGGGGAGCUCUGUGUUGGCGCGGCGGCGCCUCCGGGUGCCGCUGUUGGCCGCCGCCGAGCGGCGCUGGAGCCGCCGCCGCCGCCGCCGCAGCGUCCUGCCCCCGCAGGCUGCUCGCUCGCCCGGCGCCGGCCACAGCGGCAGCGGCUCCGCCACCAGCAGCAGCAGCAGCCGCGGCGGCGGCGAGAGGCGUCCCGAGCGGGCUGGCUGCGCUGCGGCGGCCCCUGCGCUGUGUGGCGAGAGCGGCUGGAAGGGAGGCAGGGCAGCGGCGGGAGGCAGGAGCGCGGCGAGCGCAGGCGGCAGAGAAUGGCGGUGAGGCGGCGGCAGAGGCGCGGGCCGGGCGGCGGGCGAGCGCUGCUGGCCGCGCUGCUGCUGUGCGUGUGGUGCCGGGCGGCGGCCGAGCGGGUCCGCUACGCCAUCCCCGAGGAGCUGGGCAGAGGCUCGCUCGUGGGGCCGCUGGCGCGGGACCUGGGGCUCAGCGCGGACGAGCUGCCGGCGCGCAAGCUGCGGCUGAGCGAGGAGAAGCAAUUCUUCACGGUGAAUGAGGAGAACGGGAACCUGUACGUGAACGAGAGGCUGGACCGGGAGCAGAUGUGCGGCGAGUCGGCGACCUGCUCUGUCAGCUUCGAGGUGCUCUUGCACAACCCGCUGAACAUUUUCCACGUGGAGGUGGCGAUCGAGGACGUGAAUGACAAUUCCCCGGCCUUCAGCAAGGCUGUUCUGGACCUCGAGAUCGGUGAAUUAAUCCCUCCCGGUGCUCGGUUUCCCCUGGAGAUGGCGCGAGAUGCAGACUUAGGUAGCAACUCACUGCUGACUUAUCAGUUAACCAGCAAUCCCUCAUUUCUACUGUCUAUGAAGGAAAAGCCGGGUGGAAAGAAGCAGCCAGAAUUAAUACUGGAGAGAGUACUGGACCGGGAGAAGCAGAGCUCCUUUGAUUUGCUGUUGAUGGCGGUAGACGGCGGGGAUCCCGCGAGGUCUGGGACUGUUCAGGUUCGCAUCAAUGUGACAGAUGCCAAUGACAACUCGCCCGUGUUCAGCAAAAGUCUCUACGAGGCGAAAGUGGCAGAGAAUUUGCCGGUGGGGUCGUUGGUGCUGCGGGUACGGGCGACGGAUGCGGACACGGGCUCUAACGGGCAGGUCUCUUACUCUUUUGGAAGCGUCCCGGACGUUGUCAGAGCGUUGUUCACUAUCGAGAGUGAGAGCGGGGAAGUUAGAACAGCGGGUCCUCUCGAUUUCGAGGAGAAGAAUAAAUACAUCUUUGGCAUAGAGGCGACUGACGGCGGCGGUCUCACUGAUCACUGCGAAGUGCAGAUCGACGUCACCGACGAGAAUGACAACACCCCGGAGAUCACGAUUCUGUCCCUGUCGAAUCCCGUGCCCGAGGAUGCCCCGAGUGGCACCGUGGUUUCCCUGCUGAAAGUGCGGGACCGGGACUCUGGGGAGAACGGUCAGGUGUCGUGCGAGCUGUCGGGAGAGGCGCCGCUGUCGAUCGUGGCGUCCUCGGGCGGCUCGUACAAGGUGGUGACAGCGGGCGCGCUGGACCGAGAGCAGGCGUCCGAGCAUCGCGUGACGGUGGUGGCCCGGGACCGGGGCAGGCCGGCGCUGUGGAGCAGCAGGGAGCUGGUGCUGGAGGUGUCGGACGUGAACGACAACGCGCCGGUGUUCGAGGAGGCGGCGUACAGCGCGUACGUGGCGGAGAACAACGCGGCGGGCGCGCUGGUGCUGCGCGUGCAGGCGCGGGACGCGGACGCGGGCGCCAACGGGCGCGUGAGCUACUGGCUGGCGGGCGGCAGCGCGGGCGCGGCGGGCGCGGCGCCGCUCGUGUCGGUGGAGGCGCGGAGCGGCGCGCUGUACGCGCAGCGCUCCUUGGACUACGAGCAGUGCCGCGAGUUCACGGUGGCGGUGCGGGCGCAGGACGGCGGCUCGCCGGCGCGCAGCUCCACGGCCACGGUGCGCGUCUUCGUGCUGGACCGCAACGACAACGCGCCGCGGGUGCUGUGGCCGGCGGCGGCGGCAGCGGCGGCGGGAGAGGCUGCGGGAGGGGCGGCGGCUCCUUUCGAGGUGGUGCCGCGUUCUGCCGAGGCCGGCUACCUGGUGGCCAAGGUGGUGGCGGUGGACGCGGACGCGGGGCGCAACGCGUGGCUGUCGUACGAGCUGGUGCAGGCGUCGGAGCCGGCGCUGUUCCGCGUGGGGCUGCACAGCGGCGAGGUGCGCACGGCGCGCGCCGUGUCCGAGCGGGACGCGGCCAAGCAGCGGGUGGUGGCCGUGGUGAAGGACCACGGGCAGCCGGCGCUGUCGGCCACGGCCACGCUGCACGUGGUGCUGGCCGAGAGCUUGCAGGAGGCGCUGCCGGAGCUGAGCGAGCGGGCGGCGGGCGCCGAGGCGGCGGCGGCGGCCGAGCUGCAGUUCUACCUGGUGCUGGCGCUGGCGCUGCUGUCGGCGCUCUUGGUGCUGAGCGUGGCGCUGGCCGUGCUGGCGCGGCUGCGGCGGGCCGGGCCGCCCGCCGUGCUGCGCUGCCUGGGCGCGCAGCGCUUCUCGCUGGCCGGCGCCGCCUUCCCGGCCGACUUCUGCGAGGGCACCUUGCCCUACUCCUACAACCUGUGCGUGGCGGCGCCGGCCCGCGCCGUGCCCGAGGCCGCUUGGCCGCCGCCGCCGGUGCCCAUCCUGUCUGCGGAGGAGCUUCUGGGCGGGGAUUCCUGCGAGAAGCCGAGUCCCAGCAGCAGCGCCCCGGCGGGAGAGCCGCUCGCUAAUCCCGAUGUACCUCAGGUGUGUAAUUUCCCACGCUCUUUUUCUGUGAGCCUUUUUUGAAUGAGCGUCGUGGUGGCAGCAGGCUCUUUAGUUUACUUCUUUGUUGCUGCGGUUAUUGCCGUUUCGUAUUUUCAUGACGCGUGAAAUGAUUAUGUCUCGUGUCUAUUUUCGCUGCAGCCCAAGUGAUAUGGCGCUUCCUGCCUCUUAAGAUGUGGUGAAAUUCUUAUUUCUCUUCAUUUGUAGCUUCUGUUUAGUUUCUGUGGCAAAUUCUGCCUAGCUUUCUGCUGUUGUCUUCAAUGUUUUAAAAUUUAAGAAACAUCUUUACUUUUCCUUUUUUGAUUGUUGUUUCUCUGCACAGUAUACUUGAGCCUGAUAGAAAAGCUAGGAACAAAAAGCCGUUGCUAAAUGUAGUUUUGAUAUUGUAGUGCCAAAGGAAGUUUG